AAACAACAAAAUCAAAAAGCUUGAGCAGUCUUCAUCCGUGAGAAAAUAAUCUAUCAAAAAUACAACAAUGUCAGUGUUGGCCAAGACUGACUCCGAGGUGAGCAGCCUCAGCCAGUCCUCUCCGGCGCGCUCACCGCGCCGCGCAGUCUACUACGUCCAGAGUCCAUCGCGCGAUUCGCAUGAUGGCGAAAAGACCACCAACUCCUUCAACUCCAGCCCCGUCCGCAGCCCUAUGGGCUCACCCCCUCACUCCCACUCCAACUCUUCUCUUGGUCCUCACUCUCGGGAGUCCGCCUCCACUCGUUUCUCCGGCUCCCGCAGCAAGAGCAGCCGCAGUAGCGGUUCCCGCCGCAAGGGUUGGAGGCCAUGGAAAGAUCAGUUUGGUUCCAUUGAAGAAGAAGGGCUUCUCGAUGAGGAUGGAAACCCUCAUGGUCUCACUCGUAGGUGUUACUUCCUUGCUUUUAUUGGGGGAUUCCUUGUGCUUUUCUCUCUCUUUUCUUUGAUACUGUGGGGUGCAAGUCGAUCCCAGAAGCCCAUCAUCACUAUGAAGAGCAUUCUAUUUGAUCAAUUUGUGGUGCAAGCUGGUGAGGAUUUCUCAGGAGUGGCCACCAGCAUGGUGUCCAUGAAUUCCACAGUGAAGCUCACCCUUCGUAACUCUGCUACAUUUUUCGGUGUCCAUGUGAAAUCAACACCUCUGGAUCUCUCCUACUCUCAACUCUCUGUAGCCACUGGAACUAUAAAUAACUUUUACCAGGCGAGAAAGAGUCAGAGAUCCAUUACAAUAACAUUAGUAGGAAAUAGAAUUCCACUGUACGGUGGGGGAGCAAACUUGGGCAGCUUAAAUGGUGCACCCACUCAACCAGUGCCGUUCGCACUCAGGUUCACGGUGAGGUCGAGAGCUUAUGUUCUGGGAAAAUUGGUGAAGCCCAAGUUCUACAAGAAGGUCGAGUGCUCGGUGGUUAUGGAUUCUAAGAAGAUGAAUGUGCCCAUUGCUUUGAAGAACACAUGUAGUUACCAGUGAAUGGACAUUCUAAGGUGCGGACUCAAAAAGUGUGUAUUAGGAGCGACUUUGAUCUACCAGUUGACCUGUCGCCCCUGAUGCACAUCAAUAUUGUUCGCAUAAGAGACUACUCUAUUAGUGAAUUGAUUGAUUGUCUUCUCUUAGUCAUUAAGUGAUAAAAUGACUGUUAUUU